AUGGCGCGUGAAGGCCCAUACGGCGCGGUCCUUCAUGGGGCUCAUGCCGCAGUCCAAAAUCUGAAGCUCAACCGACGGCUCUGCAGAGCUAUUUCUACAGGGGGCUGUAGAAUCGAAGGAAAGUCCUCCAUUCUGGUGCGGUUUGAUAUUGUUGGGCUGCCGGCCAAUCCAGACGAAGCAAGGAAACUGAAGAGUGAAUUUUCCAUCGAUUGUUUUCCCUCUCCAUCAUCCGACUUCCUCGUUACCCCUGUAGCUCGACCCGAACUGCCUGCACUCAGGAUGGUCAUCGAUAUAACCGCUCAACGGAAGCUCGGUCAUCAGACUGGCGAACCGGUCUCAGUCUGUCCGAUUGGCUAUGGUUUGAUGCGUUUGACAUGGGCACCCAAUGAAACUCCAGAUGAGAAAGCCUUCAAGACGAUCCAUGCGUUCCUGACUGGCGGAGGAAGGUUCCUCAACUCUGGAGAGUUCUACGGAAAUGGACCGGAUCGCUUACAUGCCAACCUUGAAUUGCUCGCGAGAUUCUUCGAUGCUUAUCCUGAAUGGGCCCAAGAGGGGAAAUGCUUCCUCAGCGUCAAAGGUGGCAUUAACUUGGACGGGGGCAAGAUGAAUCAUCCAGAUGGCUCGAUCGAGGCUCUCAGGAAAAGCGUCGACACCAUCAAUCUAAAACUUGGAGGGAAGAAAAAGAUGGAUUUAUUCGAGAUGGCCAGGGUGGACAAGAAGGUACCGAUCGAGGACGUGAUGAAGAGCUACAAGAUCUUGAUCAACGAAGGAAAAUUCAAGCAUGUCGGCUUAUCGGAAGUGUCAGCCGAAACGAUCCGCCGAGCCCACGCCGUUCACCCGAUUUCUGCUGUCGAGGUUGAAUAUUCUCCAUGGUUAUUGGACAUUGAACAUAAUGGUAUCCUGGCCACUUGUGAAGAGCUUCGGAUCCCGAUCGUGGCCUACAGCCCCUUAGGUCUUGGCAUGCUAACGGGCAAAAUAAAAUCGCUCGAUGACCUCGACCCGAACGAUAUGCGCCGCCACUUUGAUCGAUUCCAGCCUGAAAACUUCCAGCACAACAUCAAAUUGGCCGAUAAAUUCACCUCCUUAGCUCAGAAGAAGAAAUGCACCUCCGUCCAACUUGUGUUAGCUUGGUUACUCACCCAAUCCGACUUGAUCAUCCCCAUUCCCGGCUCAACUCGGCCUGAGGGCGUCCAAGAAACUCUAGAGACUCUCAACCUCACACUUUCUGAUCAAGAGGUUCACGAAAUUCGCGGGUUUGUCGAUCGGGCUGAUUUUAAAGGUUUGCGUUAUGGUGCAAUGCAUCAAGCUUCGUUGAAUGGCUAACUCAAGUCGCGUAAAUACACAAGUCAAAGUUCUGCGAUAGACAACCAUUUUUUUUUCCUGUUUUCUGAUGCAAACCUGAUCAAAAUGCAAUCCGAAUAAAGAAAAACACCACCUGUGACCGGAAAACAGCCUUCCGAUCGUUUUCCCUGAGCCGCGCAAACGAAACGAGCCUCCAAGGAUCGUUCGAGCCAACAUCCGAUUUACAAUACCCAAGAGAAUCAACUCUUUCAUGAGUGAUAAAUGAGAUUACGUUUUUUUGAUCUCAGAUCAAACUCGCAAGGACAGAGGUUACGUCAUCGACCGGUCUUAAUAGCUCAGUUGGGAGAGCGUCAGACUGAAGUGGGGAGAUCAUCUUCGCGGCGUACUAGUCAGUUGAUCCGUUCAAACCGGCAAAUCUGAAGGUCCAGUGUUCAAGCCACUGUUGGGACAAGUCAAUUUUUCAUGUUUUUACCUUGAAACAAUUUGAAACUAAACAGACAUGUUUUUGUGGCAAUCAAG